AUGGAGGCGGCAUCACCAACAAAGACACAGCCCUCGCCUGAGAGACGACCGACCCAGCAGCCCUUUCUUUCAACCUCAGGACCGUCGACUCCAUUUCAACGUCCACAGUCUUAUGCGGAGAAAGGAGCCUCCCCUUCACCAGAGCCUGUGGUUAAGAGCGCCUCUCCUCCCUCACUUCCCUCCGACAACGGUCAUACGCCGUCCGCAGCCCGAAAGCAAUAUGGCGGCUGUAAAUAUGAGACAGGGAUGGCAAGGGCAAGACGGCGUGUCCCGUACUCUCUCGGACCCGAUCCUCUAGAGAGGGUCAAAUCGGACCUGAAAACUCGACUCACACAUGCAGAAGACGAAAAGCUGACCGCAGACAUGGAAAAGCUCUAUGAAGCACUACAACCCACGGGUGAGAGUGAAGAACGCAGAUCGCGGUUUCUCGACAAGCUUGACAAGAUCUUUCGGUCCAGGUGGCCGACUUCUUCCAUCAAUGUCAACGUUUUCGGGUCCACUGGCAACAAGCUCGGGACCUCUGAUUCUGACGUCGAUGUCUGCAUCACCACUGAUUGCAAAGAAAUGGAGCGUGUUUGCUCAAUUGCGGAUUUGCUUGCAAAGCAUGGAAUGGAAAGAGUGGUCUGUGUUUCCUCUGCCAAAGUCCCUAUUGUCAAGAUUUGGGAUCCCAAAUUGCAGGUGGCCUGUGAUAUAAACGUCAACAAUCCUCUUGCGCUGGAGAACACUGAAUUGGUUCGAACCUAUGUCGAUAUUGACAGUCGGGUGAGGCCUCUUGCCAUGAUAAUCAAGCACUGGGCCAAACGAAGGAUAUUGAACGAUGCUGCGCUCGGAGGCACCUUAAGCUCCUACACCUGGAUAUGCUUAGCAUUGAAUUUCCUACAAACCAGAGAUCCUCCUAUCCUACCAGCUUUGCAACAGGCACCCGGAUUGGAACCCAAGUUCUUAGCAGGCGUGAACGUGUCUUUCGACCGUAAUGUUGAGUCAUACAAGGACUUCGGCGCUCGGAACAAGUCUUCGCUUGGUGAACUCCUGUUCCAUUUCUUCCGCUACUAUGGUCACGAGCUUGAUUUUGAACAAAAUGUGGUCUCAGUGCGGACCGGUCGAGUCUUGCCAAAAACCGAGAAAUCAUGGCAUCUACUCCAGGACAAUCGGUUAUGUGUCGAAGAACCAUUCAAUGUAUCCCGGAAUCUUGCCAACACCGCCGACGAUACUUCCAUGCGCGGUAUACACUUGGAAUUACGCAGAGCGUACGAGCUGGUAGGAGAGGGAAAACUGGACGAAUGCUGCGAGCAGUUUGUUUAUCCUGCUGAAGAAAUCAAGUCUUCUGAACACUUCGUUGCCCCGUCGGCCAGGCCAGUGAUCCCACAGCCCCCGACGCAGGCCACCACCCAGAUCUCAGCAGCGCCGUCACGGGGUGGGCGAAAUGGCGGGCGUGGGAGCAGAAAUGCCAACCAGAACCGCAACAGCAAUGGUCGAAGACCUUCGAACCCUGUGGGGCGCAGUUCAAACUAUUUGCGGAAUUUGCCAUUCCAGAUGACAACGCAAGAACUGCAACUGCAAGCUCAACAUCAGCAACAUCUACUGCACGACCAGCUUUUCCAGCAGUACCAGUACCUACAACUACAGGAGCACGAAUUGAGGAUGCAACUGCACCAACAGAAUCUUCGGCAAAGAGGACUAUUGGCAUCGGCUUACCACCAACACCCAGGGUAUGCACAUUACGCCCCGCAGGACGACAGCCUCGAUCUGGUUGCCAACGGGCAGAUCAAUGGGUUGAGCCGAGCACCGAUGUCCGCGCCUUUGUACCAACACCGCUUUGCUCCUUCCUCGCCUUAUCUGACGGGGUCUCACCCCGGUCAGGGCGCUGCAACGAAUCCUUCGUCGCCCAGGAUGACCUCGGUCAAUCUGGAUUCGCGGCGAUACUCGCGGCGAACAUCCGUGACGCAGUCGUCGGCCGGCGCUUCAUUGCGGGCUCAGUCGCAACCUGCUCGAGCGUUUCCAGUCUCUUCGUUGGGCCAGAUGCACGCGAGACCGGAGGCUUCUGGUCUGCAAGACUCUUCCAUUGGGCGCAGGUCUUCUGCGUCUUCGACUUCCCAGGAACGCUUUCCCGCAUAUGUGGAAAAUGGCCUCGGGAUAUCCGGCGCAAUCUAUGAGUCAAUGCGAAGGCCUGCCGAGUAUCUUGGAUACUAUGUCGGACAGUCUCCUUCCUUAUCAGCCUAUACUCAGAGCACUACCAUUUCCCCCAUUCCCUCCCAUGCAGGCUUGGCCAUUCAGAACGGAGGCUUGUCUCCGCGGCUGGCGUCGUCGGCGGCUCGAUCUUCUAGGACGAAUCAAACUCCUCCUCUACAACCAGUCUCAAUGCAUACCUUGGAGAAUCAGACGAUGGAAGGAUCAGGUCGUAACUCCGAGGACGAGAAUGCCGAAGUGGCGCAACCGAAGCCCAGAUCUGGCCCCUUGAUCGUGGAUGGCUCGGUCCAUUCGCCGAGACGUGGCCAGACAACUCAAUCUUUGAUCGAGCCUGAUGAGCACGUAAAUUUCAGCGCUUCCACGUCGGACGAUUUGGCAUUUGAUACUCCGUCGAGUUCCGAUGAACAGUCACAAUCAGACACUCUCGAUAUUCGCAGCCGGGACAGGAGCCCGCCAGGCAGCCUCAGUGCUAUCCGCAAGCGGACUAUGCAAUCAGUGGGGCCUUCGGAAUACAUGAACGGACACUUGCCACUGAGGAUUUUGGGAAACAACCCCAAGGAAGAGUCUCACAUGACCGGCACAAAACCCCUCGAUACAGGUGGGGUGAAAAACCUGGGUGUUACGACCAAAGCUGGAAGCACGGCUUGGUCUCUGGAUCGACAGCUCUCUUCAGUGGAGGAAGUUCGAACUCCCUCCCCACAGGUCGAAGGUUUCAGUUCGGGAUGUCUGUCUCACCAAUCUGGAGGCUCAGCCGGGCCAGAGCAGACUCCGGGCGCCGCGGAGGAAUUAAUGGCGAACGGAGAUGGUGCAGAACCAGGGCUGAGACCGCUAUCGUCACGACCAAAUGGCUCGGUGGCAUCCACGGAGCUGACGACGACCAAUUCUUCUACCGUUGAUCCACACUCGGCCCCUAGCUGGCAAACACAAAAGAAAAAGAGAAAGACCAAGAAGGCGACGAAGCCAGAGGACGACAGCCACCUUUUGAACAGUUCUGGCGGAGAGUCGUUGCCGGCCGAUGAGUCCCUACGAAAAGGUGGCUAG